GGCAGUACAAUGGAAAUUAGGAGCAAAUGUAUGGUCCAUAGUAAAGUUUGCUAUUUAUAAGAAAGUUAAGGUGGACUAUGCUGAUUUUGAAAAAGAAUCUAUAUUACAAUUGACGAAUUCCUUGGGGAUUAUCUCAAAUUCUGGUACAAGCAGAAGAAAGCUGCAAGUUUCGUUUCCUGAAGAAAUGAAAUUCUUUAAGGAACCGUUGCAGAAAGUUUUCAAUGCUCUCG